AUGUCGGGUAUCAGCGACCGGAUGCUGCAGCUAGACAUGGCUCUGACCCAAAACGGGACACCGGCCACGCCUCAUCUCCGUGAAGCACGGAUCAAACGGAAAAACAGCCCUACAGACAUCAGCCAUUUAGUCUUUGGUCCACAGCCCGGGAAGAAACAUCAAUUGUGGAUCACAGAUCGUAUCAUGGAACCUCAGACCAUUCCUCACUUUUUUGAGUUUCUCAUGAAUGGCGAAUUACCUGCUGAUCGCAAAACAUCUCGUCCUUUGCUUACUGUUGAAGAGGUCAAGAACUUGACUAGACCUGCUUCGGAGUGGGCGCCGGCUCCACUUCAUCGACAAGCGAGAUCGACUGGGGAGUGGAUUGGGAUUCGAAUUGGUUCGUAUGAAGAUAGUUCGAGACUUUGGCCUAUUGCCAAGGAGCUUCAUGCUAUGAAGUCGAGGCUUUGGGAGGGGAUACCACCGAUAUCUGAGAGGCGAUGGCAAGAGUUGGGGCUUGAUCAUCCGGAUCGGUUCCCUGAAGCUUGUCGAUACUUCGUUGCGGUUAUCAAUGUGUUCAUCUACCUCAACACAAAGCGCACCAAAGCCGCCUUGCGAAAGACAUAUAACUUGAUCUGGGAUCAUCUCAGCGUGUUUGAGAAGGCAAUCAACGCAAAGAGGAAAGCGGAAGCAGAGGACGGCGUGUAUGAGCACGUAUCAGUAACUGGUCUCUGGUACGAGUUCAUCAGAGCGCAAUACGACUCUAUCUGUGAGAAUGCUCACAAUUGGAUUAUCGAGCACAUUGAUCGCAUACGAGAGUCAAUUGUGCAAGAACUCGCAUUGCAUCAACCAGAUCACCCGGAUCAUUACAGCGAUAAACAAUGGGAGCUCACAAACAAACUCCAUGACCUUGCGGAAAACACCUCUCAAGCUGAUUACACCAUAAUGAUGCCCACGGACGGAUACAAAGGCGAUAGUCUCCCAGUCAAAGAAGACGAUUGUCUUACAGAAGCUCAUGGCGGUGGCUUCCGCACAGAAGCAAUAACCUGGUCAGCAAAUCUAUCAUGGCGAGCGGCAGACUACAUCCAGCGCGUCAGAUAUCUGGACAGAAAGGAGAUGUACAGCCAUCUAGAGCAUGAGGACAUGAGACCACUUCGUGGCUCCGGGAGGAUGAGUGACCCAGCGGGUUUGGUUAUCUCAGCCAUCAGUCAGAUUGACGCCCAGACUAUGGCUAGGGAAGAACUGCGAGGACCUCCGAAUCAUCCAGAUUAUUUGCCGUGGAUUGAGUAUGCUCGAAGAAGGUUGAAUAAAGGUUUGGGGUUCGUGGCGUAUAGGUUGUGUCACGGAUAUAGUCCUGAGAAGUGGGAUAUGUUCAAGGUCAAGUUCGAGGCUGAUAUUUGUGAUUGGGGACGAGGGACGGUGGGCAUUAAUGAUAUACGUAAGGCGUGUAAGAUACAGUGGAUUGAUGGUAAAGAAAAGGACAUUGCAGAUGAUGAUAUCGAAGCAGCUAAGAAGCAUUUUGAAACAAUUUCGAAUCAGUCGGUGCAUAACAGGGUAUUCCUCGUCAUCGACGAAGCAACCAUGAAAUCAUAUCUCGAACCCGAACCCGGUAAAGAGAAAUUCGUCCUCGCCAUUGACGCAAACUACAACCCAACAAAAGAAGAGAACGUCGAGUCACCAGGCUACAAGGGCACUUUGCGCAUACUAGGCAGUCUUCUUUGGGAUGAGCUUGGCGCACUGUUAGUCAUGCAAAGCGCCUUUCUCGAGAAUCUCUGGCCGAUGGCGAUGCACGAUGCGGAGGGUAUCUAUCGCGGUAUCAGGGUUACGUCUGUCCUCAAGUUCUCAUCUUAUCAAGAGAAUUUGGACUGGAGGCUUGCGAGUGAGAUUGUUCCGAAGUUGGUCGCUUUCAGAAGGGGACUUGAGUUUAGAUCGAGGAGGUAG